UUCGUGGGCAUCUGUGUUGAAAAUGGGCCUUUUUCUUCCGUUGCAGAUAAAAUCGAAGAAGCCCAGAAGGAGCUGAAAGACCCGACGAGCUCGACUAAAGGUAUAUCAGAAAGCAGUCGACGACUCGAAGGCUUGAAGAGGAAAAAGCUCGUUGGUGAAAACAAGCAAAAGAAAAUUCCGAAAUCUCCUGUGAAGAAACCGCUGCAGUUGAAAACUCCUGAAACAGUCCAAGGCGGAACCCCCAAGGAAACUACAACCAGUUCCCUUACUUCCAAAACUCCUUCGCGCAAACCGUCAUCAUUACUGAGUGAAAAAACAGAGACACAGGAUGCUGAAGUGCUUCAACCGUCCCCCGACAAAGGGGAAUCAGUCACUGACCAUGAACGGCUAAAACCAGAAGAAACCAAGCCACCGUCGCACAAACCAACUAACGAUGAAGACGCUUCUUUAAAAGUGGCACAAAGCAAGGAUAGCAGCUUUGAUAAAGAUCCUUACCACACCAGCGCUCCUCUGGAUGUCCUACUGAAGGCAAUGGAGCCUGACAUGCUAACGCUAGCUGAGAAGAAAAACACCUUCCUUGUCGCAGACUCUACAAAACCAACGAAGGGUGAAAUCUCAAACAUGCCGGCUGUAAAUAUCAGUCUCCAUCCUCAAUCGUCUCCUAUGCAGACAUAUUAUAUCGACAAACAGGGUAACUUCAUCGGCAUCGCCCCGCCGUUACAGGAAAGCAGGCACACGUCGACACAGCGUGACCAUUUGCAGUCGCUGUCGUUUGGGAAUCAACGUUUUAUUCCGGUUGUAUCGAAUCCGGAAAAGCCGAGUCUUCACAUGAGUUUUAAUAGCGGACUGUCUACUAUAACUCAUGCGCCAGCUCCCUCAGGCUCCAACGCGCUACCGAAAAGCCAACCGCCAAUCGUGCACACCUGCCAAUCGCUAUCCGCAAGCGUGCCUAGCAGCAUUCAGGUCCCGGUUACACCUGGAAACAACCACGUUCAGAUUACGACCGUGAUGAACUUUGGCGCAGAUCAGGUUUCCAAGGACCAAAAGCCUAAGAAGCCAGGAAAAUACGUCUGCGAAUACUGCAACCGGGCAUGCGCGAAACCUAGCGUGCUGCUCAAACAUAUCAGGUCUCACACGGGAGAAAGACCGUAUCCCUGCGUAACAUGCGGUUUCUCGUUCAAAACCAAGAGCAAUUUGUACAAGCACAAGAAAUCGCACGCUCACGCUAUAAAACUCGGUCUCAUUGCCCGCUCCGAAUCAGGAGGCGGAACGUUAUCGCAGGAUUCCGACAAAGUUCCCGGAACGCAUUCAGAAGUAGAAGAGAGCGGAGACAGCGACGACGAGGGAAGCACUGUCGAUCUGGAUCCGGAUUCAUCGCAAAGUAGCGCCGCUGCCUUGUCAGAAACCAGCUCACAGAAUGCUACUACAACCCAAGCAAACUACGGAGAAAUCGACUCGAUGGCUGUGUUCGAUGCGAUCAAACCAGCUCUUGUUCAGAGAAGCCAUGAGCCAAAAGCAGCAGCGCUGCUACCAAAAGUUGUUGUCUACCCAGCUAACGUUUCACCUCUGAGGGCAGAUAGCCCGCAAGUUACCUGCGCGGCACCUGAACAAGCCGCUUCGCAACGCCAGCGAGAGUUUCCGACCGUCAACCUGCGAUCGAACGUCACGGUCCUGUCAUCUCUGAAAGAGGUCGUCGGUACGAGCCCCUCGCUAGAUACCGUGAGUGAAGACGAAGACCAGCAGUGCAAGUCUCCGCUUUUGAGCGGCCACGGUCAGCUUCAGCGGCAACAAGCGACAGACUUUUCUCAACAGCAACAAGCCAAGUGUCUACUCAGCCCUCGUAGUUUGGGGAGCACAGAUUCCGGCUAUUUCUCUCGCUCUGAAAGUGCUGACCAAGCAAUGAGUCCGCCGAGUCCAUUUGUAAAGAUAACGCCGCCAACUGAGAUCGACUUAUCCAAAAAGGAUCAUCCUACCGUCCCUCCAGCUGUUUCUACAGUCAUGCACCUAGCAAUGGAGCAGAGGUCACAAGCUACAGAGGGACAGAUGCGCCCCCCGUUAGAAACAAAAGCCCUUUCUCUGGAAGAAAGAAUUUCCAAACUGAUAUCUGAUAACGAGGCAGUGGUAGACAACAAACAACUGGACAGCGUAAAACCGAGGAGGACCUCCCUGUCAAGGAGAGGUAGCAUCGACUCUCCGAAAUCUUACAUAUUCAAAGAUUCCUUUCAGUUUGACCUGAAACCAAUCGGAAGACGGUCCAGUUCCAGCUCCGACAUCCCCAAAUCCCCCUUCACUCCCACAGAUAAAUCAAAACCCGUUUUUCUUCUCUCUGUACCUUCUCAAUACCCCCCGAUGGAUUGUUUGCCGAUCACAAGGAGCAACUCAAUGCCGACGACUCCCGGACACUCUGCUUUUCCGCUCAAUAUUGCCCAACUGCCGCACCCUUUGCGAAUUUGUCAUUCAUUUGAUGAGAAAACAUCAGUUAAUGACGAUGUAUUUUCAUCUGCGCCCUCCACCCCUAAUACGGUGUUACAUUCUCGGACCUUGGUCAGACAAGCCGCCGUGGAGGAUUUUUCCAGCAAUGAGGGGCACAGACUUCCCACCGUUCGCUCCAUGGAUGACGCGUAUCACGGCGUGAAUAAUAGCUCGGAACACAUGCAAAGAAGUCGCUCUUUUGAACACAGUCAGGAAAGGCAAAGAAAACUACAGCAAAAUAAAGGCACAAUGUACGAAUGCGAAACUUGUCGAAACCGGUACCGAAAAUUGGAGAAUUUUGAAACUCAUAAGAAAUUUUACUGCUCAGAACUUCACGGGCCCAAAAACAAACCAGUUGUUGUGAAGGAAACAGACCAAGAUGUUUUUCACGUGCAACCAAAUUUAGUUUCGAGAUCAACGAGCGGCCCGGGAUUGAUCGAACAACAGACAUCAUUCAGAAAGAGAAGAAAAAUGAAAAGCGUCGGGGAUGAGGACGAUCAAUCUCCGACUGACACAAAUGCACCUUGUUCUGUCAGUUUUGAUUCAGCUCAAUUGCUGACAACUCUCGGAAAUCCGAUUUUCCCCCAACAUGCCGUAAUGGUUGACGUCCAACCCAAAAACAACCAGCCAAAGCUAACUCAAAUUCAACUCGUAGCACGGGGUACAAGUUCUUCAGAUUCACGACUGUCGCCGAUUCGAGAGACUCAGAUCGGCGCCUCCGCUAAAGGAGAAAUCCAGAGACAAGGCAGCGGUACUUCAGUGAUCAGACACACCAACUCCCUCAGCAGACCCAGUUCAUUUGAGACGGAAUCUACAGAGCGAAGUUCUCCGUUGGAUAGUCGUGAACAAGAACCCCAGAAAUCCAAAGCAGACGUAACAGCAGCUGAGGCAUACCAUGAAACGUUAUCUAACAAGAUUAUCGAAGCUAAUUAUAGGAAUCAAAGAAUGGAGCAAUGUACUGAUGCCGCAGCCACGGCAACUGGAGAAAGUGCUACUCCUGCGCAACAGUGCCGUCUAGUUCGUCAAAAUAACAUCCAAGUUCCUGAAAUUUUAGUCACCGAAGAACCGGAUAGAGACCACGAAACGCAGCCUUCCGAGCAGACGGAAAAACAUACCGAUCAGUUUAACUGGCCUCAAAGGAGUGAGACUUUAUCAAAAUUACCCGCGGAGAAACUUCCGCCCAAAAAGAAAAGAAUUCGUUUGGCUCAAAUGGAACAUUCGUCAGGCGAAUCGAGCUUUGAGUCGAGCCUCUCGCGAAGCCUGAGCAGAGACAGUACUCUUUCGCACUGCUCCAGUAUUUCAGCCUCGUUCGACAGAGAAGAACCGUCAAGAUCAGAAAGUCCUUCCGGAGGCGAGUGUGUCAGCAGAAUUCCAGAGCCGCAAGGUCAGCCAAAAGUCUUCAGCACGCUCGGCGUACCCGGUGCCAUGAGGCGUGCGGCUUCUGAACAGAUCACUUGUACUCAACCUUCAGUGGAAAUUUCAUGUGAUUACCGUAGCAAGUCUUUUGACUGCGGUAACGUCUCUCCCAGAAGAGGUCAAUCGCCGGUUGGGCAUCCGACGACUGGACCGAUCACACAAGGGGCCCAGGUUCCACUGAUUGAAAGGAGACGCGGGCCGUUAGUGCGCCAAAUGUCUCUGAAGAUAUGCCCGGAUAAUCAGCAAUCUGUUCGGAAAGCUGUCAUAAAUCUUGACAAAGCUCCAAUUGUGAAUAUGAACUCUCUAAACCAAAACAGAUCCCAAAUUGUCAACAGAUUUCCUAUGGUCAAUCCUUUCAUCCUCCAUUCUGGAGAGAUACCCCUGCCAAGAAAUGAACAAACAGUCCAAAGUAUACAUUUGGGAAGCCCGACACAGCAGCCCCAAGUGUAUGGCCUCCCUCACCCUUGGCACCAAACAUCCAGAGUUCAAGUAAGCCAAAAGGUACCGCAACCUGCGAGCCAGAUUUUAGUAGGAAGUGAAAUUACCGCAUCAGAAGAUAGUAAAUGCCUCGUGCCCAAAUACCAAUUGCGAUGUCCUACUCAAAGGCCUAGUGAAACAUUUCCGUUCCACGCCGCGCAAGAAUCUGCGAUGACAUUACCGGUUUUAACGAUGCCUGUUGCCAAUCCCGUUUUAAGCAUUUCAAAAUCAUCAGAAGUACUCCAGAAUGAGUCAAACAAUCAGACCCGAACUGGUGUAAUUCCGUUGCCGCAGAUUCUAAUAACUCACGAUCAGAUCCAAGGCAAAGGUACCUAUCCAACCACUCACAUUGCACAUCCUGAAACUCCACUAGUCGUCAAGAAGGACUGGACUACAACCGGCUCUCAUAACACCGGGGAAAGAGCGGCAUCUUUGGGGUCUUUACAUUGCACGCAGAAACUUGCAUCCGUAACUCUUUGCCCGCAACAGGAACCAAUCGCCUCCAGUAAAAGAAUGUUAUCCCCCGCCAAUAGUUUGGAUAUCUACAUGGAAAAACAUCAAAAACGUGCCAAGGAUGAGAACGGUGUGGCCUGCCUGACAGAUGGCAGAUCAGUCAGUUAUCUUAAUUCCACAUUGUCGGAAGUAACCAGGCAGCGGAAACUGACACUAGUUCGUCAGGUUUGCACCACCGAACCGGCGGAUAGUCCGAUCGAGACAGAAGCGCCUCCUCUGCCUCAUGUUCAAACGGAAACUGAGAAGGAUCUCGAUGACGUAAAACCGAUGUCGCCUGACAGUACCGGACUGGAAAAAAGACACGAGGUCAUUCCUGAGGAGAAAACUACUUCCCCUGAUCGCCAGAGUAGUCAAUCCCUGAAACCUCAAGUCAAAGUGGAAGAACAUCGCUGGAAUCCCGUGAAAUCCCCCAUAAAACCGUCGAGUUUCCACCACGCCAAACUACCCGUGUCUGUUUCCGUGGUCGGCACCAAAGAAAGCCACCGUCUGUCUUUCCCCAGCUUGAAGACAACCACCACUUUCACUUGGUGCUUCUUGACGAGGAGGAAGUCGCUUCACGCGUUACAGUCCGACCUGAAAACUUCGGCAUACGCCGCGUGGACAGUAAACCCAGACAAUCCUAAUCCGCUCGGGUUGCCUACGAAGGUGGUCAUGUCGCUCCUCGACUCCAAGCAGAGCUCCAAGAAAAUCCUCUACACCUCGGCUAUAAAGACAUCCAGAAAAUCGGACAUCUUGUCCUACUCGGGCAAGCUGAAAGACGUCAUGCCAAGGGUGCCGGUGACCCAAAAGACGAGAUCAGUGGAAGCCAGAAGCAAAGCGCAAAUCGAAACUCAUUCCAGCAAUGAGUCAGACAAGGAGCUGGCAUCAAAAAUAGAGCCCAGGAGGAUCAAAAUCUUUGAUGGCGGAUACAAAUCUAACGAAGAGUACGUUUACGUACGUGGACGGGGGCGCGGGAAAUACAUCUGCGAGGAAUGCGGAAUCCGCUGCAAGAAGCCCAGCAUGUUGCGGAAACACAUCCGCACCCACUCGGACGUUCGGCCGUAUCACUGCAUCCACUGCAACUUUUCCUUUAAGACGAAAGGAAAUCUAACCAAGCAUAUGAAGUCCAAAGCGCACAGUAAGAAAUGCAUGGAGAUGGGUGUGCCUAACGGGCUGAGUGAAGACCAAGAUGCAGAGGAUUCAGGAGACCGCAGUCAAGUGAGUAGCGCUGAUCGGCAGGACUCCGACGGCGACGACUCGGAAGGCCCCGACGAGGAGGAGAACGACGACGAGGAAGAAGAGGACAGCCAAGCGGAGUCCGGGUUGUCCACCAACCCGUCCGUAUCGGCCAGCCCGCAGCACAUUCCGUCUAAAGAAGCAGAAGUCCCCCCGAGCGCCCUCCUGGCUCAGAUGUCCAUCAGUUCCUUCAAAGCGGACGCAGCGGAAUCCGCGCUCGGCACUGAGGCUUUGUCGCUGAGUCGACAGUACGCCACGAUCGGCUACCGCCCGAGCUCCACGCCCCCCGUCGCGGCCGACUCCAACUUCUCUGACACGGAGUCUGUACAUAUGAUGAGUCCGGUGUCGCCGUGCAGGCAGAUGUCCAUCGACUACCCCGACUGCGAAGGGCCGUUUAGUCCGCCGGGGACGGGAUUUCGACCACAGCAGGAGGCAUCUCCGGCAAAAAUCGAAUCCAGCACCCCAGUGGACCGAAGCACGCAAACCUCCAGCACCCAAAGUCCGACGCACGCAUCCCUGCAAGCUCCGAGAACGGAAACCCGCCUAUUCAGCCACCUCCCUCUGCACUCUCAACAACCCUUCCGCUCCCCUUACAACAUGAUUCCCGUCGGAGGCAUCCAAUUGGUUCCCGCCGGACUGGCGGCUUAUUCCACCUUUGUUCCGAUCCAGGCCGGCCCGGUUCAGCUGACCAUCCCGGCCGUUAGCGUCAUCCAGCGAAACGCCAGCCCCGACCCUUCGGACUCCUACGCGCGGCCCCUCGUGAUCCAGGAACCUGUGGCCAACAUGGUGGCGUGCUUCCCCCUGGGUCAGGGUAAGACUGUGGAUACGCUGAACCUCAUGGGACAAAUGUUACCCCAGCAAGGCGUCGCGCUACAAGUACUAGCCGCUAGCCCCACCUCCCAAAGCAGCACCGGUACACAAACGCACGUGCCAAACCUGCAGAUUGUCAACAUCGCCCUUCCCGCCAUCAUUCCCUCUCUCAGUCCUCUACCUCGUUCGCCCGACUCGCUUCGACAACCUUCCCGAACUGGAAGCCCCUUAGCUUGCGCGGACGCACCCCGACCGGUCCUGGCUUCCCCAGAACUGACUGCGAGCGACGCUGCAGAGCUAACGCAAACUUUGGAGAAGGUCGAAGGGGAAAAAUCCAACACAAGUCCAGAAAAAACCACCGCAGUCCCUAAAGGAGACGCGCCAAAGACAGUGCCACCUGCGUCCAGCUGGCAAACCAUCCUCAAUGACUAUAACGAAGUUUCCAGCGACGACGAAGACAGACUGAUCAUCGCCACCUAA